AUGGCAUCCCCGGCAUUGCUUCGAGUGGGAUUUCUAUGCCUGGUGGGUCUUCUGUGCCUGCUUCUGGUGUACCAGUCCUUCCAGGUCGCCAGUAGUAGUCAUAGCCGGAUCCAUGCGCGAGAUCUCGAGGUCUCUGCGACGGCUGAGACAUGGGAAGACCGAAACCUGACCGUUUCUGUUGCAUCCUACAGGGGCUUAGCAGCGCGCGCCGACCUGCUUAAUUUCGAAACAGCCGUGAAAAAGGGCAGCGGCUUGUAUUGCAGGUGCAAAGCCAAAUGGGAACUUAGCGACGACUCCGAUUGGGCAACCAAAUCCCAGCUGGAGGACUACUGGGAGAAGAAACCUUACAAAGUCGAUCCUGCAAGCAAUGUGCCCACCAGUGCAGGGUGGUUGAAAGAGGCCCUGACCGGGUUGAACCUGCCCUAUCAGAUGAGCUCAGGAGGAGAUGGAAAGGACGGUAAGCUGGUGGGAGAAAUCUGGUUUCAGUCAGAGGAUUGGACCACGGAGUUGAUCGCCAACGGGAAAGUCACCAGGACUACUCAUGAGGCAACACAUGGUUACUAUAUCAACGUCAUGAGCCCGCAGGCCGGCUUGAUCAUUGCAGAACUCAACUUUAGUCCAGCGUACAUGAGUGGUGGCCAAAGCCCUCCGCUAAGUAAAUGUUGGAGUGCUGCACUCAGUGAAUGCAACCAGCACCACCAUAAAGCAGCAUCACCAUAAAGAAG